AUGUACUCUUCAUUGUCUGUAUCAAAACGCCUCCUUUUGAUCCAUGUCUUGGCCAUACGACUUCUCUUUAUAAGAAGUGAAUUGUCUUUAAACACGACCAAUGAGUAUCUCAACCACAAAUGCUUGGAUAGUCAAGGAAAAUACAAGCCGGGAAGUAAGUACGAGGAACUUUUAAUAUCUAACACGAAAAGGUUCUAUGUGGACAGUAGCCUUAGACAAGGUUACACCCUGUUCGGCUCUAAUACAUUAUCCGCGGUCCUCCAGUGCCGUGGAGACUCCUACGGGCCCAAAUGCCGCGACUGCUUUGUCACCGCCCUCGCUGCGCUUCUUAGGAAAUGUCCGUGGUACAAGGGGAGGAUAAUAUGGUAUGACCAAUGUCUCCUCACGUUUGCGGGCAAAGAGACUACUGGAAUGAUCGAUUACGACAAUAUCUUUUGUAUGUCCAAUGCGAAGAAGUUGGGAGAUAAGCUUGGGUUUGCAAGUGUUUGGAAUACUCUCCUGGAUAAUUUGACGACUUUAGCCAUUAGUCGAGUUAAUUACACUGAGCCAGAUACAUUCUACUCUGUGGGGGAGACGCAGUUCAAGGGUGAUACGGUGUAUGGAAUGGUGCAGUGUACCAAAGACUUAUCAGAAUAUGCUUGUGAAGAGUGUUUGGGUUUUAGUAGGUUGCGUUUUCAAGAUUGUCUGAAUAAUAAACGAGGAGCGAGAUUUGUCGGUGGAAGCUGUACUUUUAGGUUUGAGUUUUACCCUUUUAUUGCCGAGCAAGUUCAAAAUACAUAUAGUUAA